GACGGCUGCGUGGACAUAUCGCGAGAACAGUUGAACAGGUGAGGACUGAUUGAUUGAUUGACUCAUCACCUUGAGUCACAGUUGUCCUGUGAACCAGCUUUGAUCUGCUGAGAUCAGUAUUUUAUUCUCUGUGUUAAACCGAUGAAGGUCACAGGGAAGUUUCAAUUUCAGUCUUUAAGUCUCACGUGAUUUCCUCUGUUGAAGUGUGGAAACAUGCCGAUGAACAACAACCAGAAGACGCAGAAUGCUGCUGUCAGACUCUCCAAGCUGCCUUUGGUUCACACAGCUUGUGUGACACUGUCCCUCCUGUACGCCGACACUAAACACAACCACCCAAACCUGAAGGCUGUGUGUGAGGUGCUGGAGAACACUGUGACAGUUUUAUGCUCAGUAGCCAGUGAGAGGGUUUCACCUGUCAUUGUUCAACUGGAGCCCCAGAUUUCCAGUGCAAAUGGUGUGGCUUGUAAAAGUCUGGACUGGCUGGAGACCACAUUCCCUGUGCUUCACACCCCCACUGAGCAGAUUGUUGCCACGGCCAAGAACAGGAUGCACGAGAUCCAGGAAGUGAUGAGCAUCGCAGCCAACGGGACCGUGGACUGCGUACAGCACACAGUCACAUGGGUGAUGGAGCGGAUGCAGCAGGCUGGCGACGGGACCACCCACACUGUGGUGGAGAGAGCCGUCAGUGUGGCCAGUGAGGGACUGGACUCAGCUCUGAGCGUGGCGGAGGCCCUGGUGGAUCAAGUACUUCCUCCAAACGAGGAAGACAAAAAAGCAGCAGCAGCAGCAGCUCACUCGGUGCGGGGCUUCGAGGCAGCCACACUAGGGAGACGUUUCCCCGUGCGACUGGUUUCUCUCACUGUCAAACUGUGUCGGAGGACCUGCUACGUGGUGGGGGCCAAGAUGCACUCAGUUCAGGUGUGCUGUCGUGGAGACGUUGUCUUGGUCAUCAGUUCUGGUUCAGGACGUUCAGAUGUCGUGGCUGACUUGGGUCUGGAGCCUCCGGGGGCUGCCUCAGUACCUGCAGCAUCAGGCUGUGUCUGUGCUUUUCUUUAUCUCUCAGAUGUACAACCUAAACUUCCCAACACCAGAUCAAAACCAGUCAGGUCAAAUUACAAGUGAUGUCAAUGCAACCAAGGUCUCCUCUCUUCACAAGGACGUGGUGCAGGCCCCCUCACAGGCUUCACCCCCGACCAAAUGAGGCUGACAAACAUGUCUCAUGUUAGGCGUGCGUUGCUGAUGAAUACUGUAUAUAUCUGUAUUGUGUUUGUUUGAAUUUGUCCCAUAGCUCUUGGUGCAAAUGAAUAUUGGUAUAAAAUAAAAGUUAGAAUCAG